AUGACAUUUAAUAUGAAGCGUUGUUUCAUCAACGAACAUACUGAAGUUGGUAACUCUAAUCGAAAACGUAGUUAGUUCCCCGUUGUAUAUUAUUCAAAAGUACCAGUGGUCAUUGUUCCGUAUCGACCAUGGGGAACAGUGGAUCUCGAACCUCGCGUUCGAUUUUACGAUCAAGAAACGAUAACAACUUAUGAUCUCGCAAUCGAUAAUAGUCAUUAAAAUUAAAUGUAAUUACCGCAUACUGAAUAUUCAAUUUAUCGACAUUAUAUAUUCUCUCCGUAAGAGCAUAGGUAAAGUUCUUUGUAUAAAUAUUUAUAGAAAUCAUAUAAUGAUUAUCGUAAUUAAUUAUUGAUAUAAGGUGAAACUAGACUGUAUUACUCUCUCUUUGUAUUGGACAAAUACUUAUUGUUGCACACGUGCGAUGAACGUACAGAUUGCACAUUGAUUCAGCUCGUGCACUUUGUACUCUAUGAAUCUACUUCAAUUUUUUACAAAGAGAGCAUGCACAAAAUGCAGAAAAAACGUGUCUAUUAUUAUUAAUAAAACGUUACAUACAUAUCCUACUUAUUCAGAUUUUACAUGAAAUUCUGCUUUAUCAUAACCUAUACAUAUGUAUGUAUACGCGUAAAACAAGAAGAAUAAAUUGAAACUAGUUUUGAUUGUUAUCAGCAUAACAUCAAGUGAAAAAAAAAAUAAUUUAAUAACUCUUGGAGAUUAUGCAAGUGAAAAAUAGACAGUUUGUAGUUAGAAAUCAAGGCAACCAAUACAAAGUCCGUUCGAGAUGACGUGUUUACUUCCUUUCCAAACAGGAAAUACUUCGGCGUUUAAUAUUAAAAUUUAAAUUUAAUAUUAAAAUUUAAAAAAUAAAAAAAAAUUUAAAAUAUAAAAUAUAAAAUAUAAUUUAACUUUAAUAUUAAAAUUUUUGAGACAUUAACUCUACAAAUAGUAACAAAUACUUUUUAAUCUAGUUAAAGUUUUUAUUGAGUUAACUCUUGAAUAUUUGAGCUAAGACAUUAACUCUACAAAUAGUAACAAAUACUUUUUAAUCUAGUUAAAGUUUUUAUUGAGUUAACUCUUGAAUAUUUGAGCUAAGAAUUAUUGAAAAUUUACUACUUAUAGAAUACUGCAAUUUCUAAAAAACAUUUGAACUCUAAAAUUAUUUACAAAAGAUAAGGAAGAAAGAAAAUUGCUCUUUUUAUAUAAAUUAAUAUAUUAACGAUGAAUUAUUUUUCAUCACAGGCUUUCUUGGACAUACAAUCUCUCAAGAGAAUAUGCCUAACGCAGAAGAAGUAUUAAACAAAGUUUCUGGUGUCAUUGAUUUGAACAGCCUAAAUGUAUCUAACAUACUUUCGGAUGUGAGUAACAAAACAUCUAUGGUACAAAUGUUUGAGGAAACUACGAGUGUUAUCAAGCAGAAAUGCGAGAAAUAUGGAGGAGAGGAUGCAUACGAAAAUGCUAUGAAUGCAACCGUCAAACUAGAACAGUGCCUUACAUCAUUUGUUAAUUUCACAAAACUGGAGAUAGAAAUGGAAAAAUACAAACCUACUGGAGAUUUGGAUAUAGUGUUCAAAAAUUACUGCCAAAAAACUCCCAUUCUGAAGCAAUGUGUCAGAAACUUCACUACGGGGCUAGAGCCUUGCUUGGAAGCAAAGGAACGAGAAAAUAAAGAAAUCAUUCAAAAUAUCACAAAUUCUCUCUUAAAUUUUGUGUGUUACAAAGAAGGAGAUCGUAUUGCCCUUUUCAUAUCUGCUAAUGGUCCAGAGUGUUUGCGAUCAAAACAACAAGAAACUCUACAAUGUAUUAAUUCUACUUUAGGAAAUUAUAUGCCCCAGUUAGAAUCCAACAGUGAAUCUCUAAAAACAAUAGAUAGCCUUCCAUUCCUUGUUCUUGGAAAUAAAGAAUGCACAGACAUGUCAAAACUCCAAACUUGUGUUGUAAAGGAAUUGGAAAAAUGCUCAGAUCCAACACCAGCAAAUAUUGUAGAUUCUAUAUUCAAUUUUAUUCGAAGAGUAACACCAUGUCAGAACUUGAUAACUGUACAAAAUGCUACUGCUUCUAACUUAACGGUUAAUUUACUAAUUGUAAUAAGCAUAGUAUUUUUUCCAUUAAGACUUCUAUAAAAUUAAUUCCGACAGACUUUAUGUACAAAGAAACACAACUUGAAAGGUAAAGAUUUUUUUCUACAAAUAUGAAUUUCAUUUCUUAAAACCAUCUUAGGUUUCUAAUGAAGCAUAAUAUGUGAUACUUUUGAAAGUAAAAGUAACAUUCCAAUAUAUAUAUAUAUAUAUAUAUAUAAUAAAAAUUUUUUUUAUCUUUAAGAAUCGUUUUCACUGCAUUAGUUCCAAUGUAAUUAAAACAAACAAAAUUUGUACUGUUCUAACGAUUCUGGUGCUUCAGAAUAGACUGACAUAUUUAUAAGUGUCCAUCUGAAUGCAGACAAAUGCAGACAAAAGCUAAAUAUAAAUUAUAACUAUAGUAGAAUCUAGAUCUAUCUUCACUUUUGCUACACUUGGAAUAUAUUCAAUUUUGUACUAUAGUAAUGUAAUUGAGUAAAUUCAUACCAACUUGUAUAUAUAAGUACUGUGAAUUAUAUGCAAUAAUAAGACACACAAUUGUAAUCAUUUUAUGUACCUCUAAUUUAUUUUAGUAUAGCUAUUGUAUCUUUUUUUUUAUAUUUAAGGUUAAAUGUAUAA